AAAUUGUACAACACUAGCUAUAGCUGCCAUGUUUCACUUCCUGUGCUUGCGAACAAAAUAGAAUCGCCAAGAAAACCCUGCGAGUGAGUGUUUCAACAUCACACUCGAAAAUAACAUCAAAGUGGUAGUUGAAAGAGUGCCACUACUCGAACCGCACUUAUACCAACACCAACCAAUAAAUUGAAAGUAGCAGCCGAAAACUCAAGUCAAGAAAAAACAAAGUUGCGGCAACCACCAGCAGACGAAAGUUUUGCCGCACUCCGUCGACAAACAGCAGGAGAGGUUACUUUAUUUAUUCUUGCUUAUAUUUUUGGAAGCUCGAGUGUGUAGGUGUGUGUGCGCGUUUGAGGGAGAAGAACAACGAACGUAGCUAGAAAGAUGGCAGACUCGGAAAAACAGCAGCAGCUACCCAUUGAACAGCAGCAGCCGCUGGCCCAGGAAGAAGAGCAGGAUGAGGGGCAGCAAGCGCAGGGCAAGCCCGCGCCGCCACCAAAGGAAAUUAUUGCCACUAAAGUCACCGGCACUGUUAAAUGGUUCAACGUGAAGAGCGGCUACGGCUUCAUCAAUCGCAACGACACCAAAGAGGACGUCUUUGUGCACCAGAGUGCCAUAGCGCGCAACAAUCCUAAGAAGGCGGUGCGUUCGGUCGGCGAUGGCGAGCUUGUUGAAUUCGAUGUGGUAAUUGGCGAGAAGGGCAACGAAGCGGCCAAUGUAACUGGGCCUUCUGGUGAGCCGGUGCGAGGCAGUCAGUUUGCUGCUGACAAGCGUCGCAACUUCCGACCAUGGAUGAAGAAGAAUCGCCGUAAGCAACCAGGCGAGGGUGACAACGAAGGCGACGAACUGGCGCCGGCACAACAGCAGCAGCAACAGCAGCUCGAUGGCCAGCAGCAGCAGCAGAUGCAGUCGGGUCCACGUCAGCCACGUCAGAACUAUCGUCGCGGACCCGGCGGCGGCCCUGGUGGUCCACCCGGUGGCCCACGCGGUGCUCCACGUGGCGGAGGCCCAGGCGGACCACCCGGUGGACCCGGACAACGUCGCUUUAACAACUACUAUCCGCGCCAGACGCGCCGUGUGCUCGGAGGCGGCGAUGGCAGCGCUGAACCAGGCGUUCAUGAUCCCAAUUCAGAUGGUGUUCAGCGGGGCGGCGAUGGACAGCCGCGUCGUGGUGGCGGCGUUGGUGGACCCCAGCGACGCUUCUUCCGACGCAAUGGACCACCGCCGCGUCGUGAUGGUGGCGAGUACAUUCAGGGCGGCCAAGGACCGCCGCGUCAGCCGUUCCGUCCACGUCGCCAGAAUCGUAAACCCAAUGGACCUGGCGGCGGCGGUAUGGAGCAGCAGUCACAGCAGAACGGCGCUCAAGAGCUGCAAAAUACAACAACAGAAAGCACCGCAUAAAGAAAACUGCAGUAACAACAAAAAAAAAUAAAUAAAAACAGUCAAACAUCAGAAACUACAACAAAAAGAACAGCAAAAGCAAGCAGCAACUACUGCAUUAUACAGAAACAACAGCAACAAAUGUGCAGUAGCAUCAACAACAAGAAAAAUCAACAAGCAGAAGAUGGAGAAAAAGAAUACAUCCAUCUAUAAAUUUGUAAAUGGGCCGCCGCGUAUUUUAUGUUUUGUUUUCAUCUGGGGCAAGCGACAGGAAAACCAAAAUGUAAAAUUUACAAACGAUAAACCAAAAAAUGCAAACAAAACACUUCAAAUUCACUUCGAAUGAUAUAUUUGAUAAAACAUAUUUAUGUGUGUGCAUGGCAGAAAGUGCAUAAAUUUCAAAUUGUAUUAUAAAAUCAGCAAACACUAACAAUAAACAUCAUAAAAAUGCA